GCAGGUACCGACGGUUUAACGGAGAGUCUGACGGACUUUACACCGACAGAGAGCCCAGAAGGGUCUGAGGCCGCUCACCGGAGCCCCCCGCCCCAGCGCAGACCGCUGCUCCGGCCCGGGAACUGAACGAUCCGGAUCUGCUAGCAGCCGGCUAACGACCGUUAGCAUGUGUGAGAGCAGAGCGGUACCGAGCGGAAAGGUGUACCGGCAGCUUUUCGACGCUCAGGUUCAGCUGUCCAGGUCUCUGCUGGCUGGACGUAAAGACACGAGGACAGACUGUCUGUCUGCUGAGGACAGCAACACACACUGCAGCACUACCAGCAGGUUGUUGUGUUCGUCCUCCAGCAGGGGGCAGCAGGUGGAUGAUGAUGAUGAUGUUGUUGAUGUCAGCAGACUUCCUGACACUGUGGUGGUCGAUCGUCCGAGCUCUGACAUCAUCGAACGUCUGACGGAGAAAAAACAUAAAAAGCAUAAAGAAGCUCUGAAACAGCUGGAUACUGAACUGACAGAAGUCACUCAGGUGUGUGAGGCUCAGGUGAGGCGUGUCAGUCAGGAGCUGCUGUCCUCUCUGCAGGAGGUGGACCUCAGAUUGGACACACUGAAGGACAGAAUGGAACAGCUGGAACAACUGGAUCAUGUCAGUCUGCAGGAGGUGUGUGAUCUCUGGGAGCAGGUGGAGAAGGAGGUGAAGCUGAAAAAGAUGAGAAUCAUGGAGCUGAACCACAAACUGACCAAAUCUGAGACUCAACGAACUGACAAGAUCAGAGCCGUGCUCAAGAAGCACUGCCACCUGCUGGAGAAGAUCAGCUUCCUGCUUCCACCGGACGUCCACAGACUGAUCCACAAUGAGGCCACGAUGUUGAAUCAGUCUCUGCUGGCGAACCGUCGCAGUGUGGCUCGUCUGCUGCUGCUCCUCCAGGAGGAGAACCUGCAGCAUGAGUCACUCCUCCAUCUGCACUGGGAGGACUGUAUGAGCCGCUGGAGGAGGAGCAGAGUCACCGACAUCAUAUACCACUUCAGGAGUCUCUGCAGCAGUGAUGCGGAUCCGCAGCUGAUGUCAGUUCAGCAGUUGAGACAAACUCAGCAAGAUCUAACAGAACAACGUCGUGACCUCAUCUACAGGAUCAGCUCCCUGGUCCCGCCCACUUGCUCCACUGCUCUGGUCUCUGAUUGGUUCUGCCAGCUGACAGCCGUCAAUCAACAAAUUGACAGUCUUCAUGCCGACUUCCUCCAUCAGCUCCGUUGUUGUUAUGAACAGACGUGGCAGGAUCGACUGGCUGAGGUGGAGCGCUGUACGGGGGCGCUCUCAGCUCUGCAGCUGUCAGAGGAGGAGGUGAACGAUGUUGUCAGUACUCAGCUCCUCACUCUGAUCGGACGAAGCCAGAGUCAGGAUGAAGAGCGAUUGGCUGCAUUAGAUGUGUACUGCGACUCUGUGGCCCAGCAGACUCUCAGUCUCAGCAGGUGCCUGUUUGUUGUGAUGCGAGGAGCAGCGUUGCUAUGGGAGACGCACAGCCGCAGGUUAGAGAAGAGAGAAGAAGAAGUACAGCAUCACCUGGAUGACCUCCGACGUUCACAGCAACGACACAUACAGAGGAAGAAGGUGCAGCUGGACGACCUGUUGGCUGGACUCCGUCAGGAGGGCACUGAGGACGCUCUGGAGACGUCUCUGGAAAAAACUGUCCUCUACCUGCAGGAGGUCAAACACAGUUGCCAACAGUGUGUCUCUGAUCAGUGGGAGGUGUUGGAUCGUCUCCCCUCUCUCUUUCUGGAGGAGCUCCUCUCCUACAGCAGCAGCCUCAGCUCCUUCUACCACCUCAGACACACCUAUACACUGAGUCCAGAAGACCUGCAGAACCUCCACCUGGCAUCUACCAACCCCACCAACCUGGAGACCAGUGUGGAGGGUGAAAUACAGAAACCAGAGAAGAUGACGGAUAAUCAUCCAAUCAGCUGUCAGAAGGAUGUUGACCCUGCCCAGCCCUCUCAGGAUUGGCUGACUGAGGCGGAGUCCUCUCUGCUGGAUCUCUGUGACAUAUGCAACUAUAUCGAGUUUACAUCAUCAAAGGGCGUCACCUACACCGGCCCCGCCUUCAGAUGCCCUGUCCCUGACCUUCCAGACAGAGACGACCUGCAGCAAGAAACACACCUGAGCCUGUUUCCGGUGGAGUUGCUCACACAAACACUGAGCAGGACUCGGACACUGUUUUUGGACCACCUGGAGCAGCGUUUCCAUGACGUCCUCAGCUCUGCCAUUGUCACGGUAACAGACAGGAAGGAGGCGGUGUGUUUGGAGCAGGAGCUCCAACUGCAGCAGCUGAACCCCCAACAAAUCCAGACCCACGUAUACCAAUCCCGCCUGGCUGAGCUGCAGCUCCACCGGCAGCAUGUGGAUGUUCACUGCGGGGAGGUGUUGGACGUGUUGACCUCCUGCAGGACGGAGCUACAGGAGCUGCAGACCACCAUCAGCAGGAAGAACCACGAGUUCACCGUCACAUUGUCCAACAUGGAGGACAACAUCCUGAUGACCGACAGCAGCCGACGUCUGGAGGCUGUGAGCUCCACCCUGCAGGACUGUCUGGAUCAACAUAUCAAACACACUCAGCGCUGUCAGACCACCUUCAGAAAGACACUUCAGAUCAGACUGGAGGAGGUCAGACACAGAACAGCACAACUUCUCAGCUCCUUCAGGUUGUUCAGUGAAGGAGGUGAUUUUGCUCUACAGGAGGUGAAGAUGUUUCAGAGGAGGCUGAAGGAGGAAACCAAACAGAUCAGUGUGACAGAGGAGUCCAUCUACUCUGAGCUGGAGGCGUUUGAGUCCAAGAGUUUACAGCAGGUGAAGGAGGUGUCGGGUCGGUUUGAGGAGAAACUCUCCUCCCUGAGGUCUGAGGUGAAAUUCAUGGAGAAGAUCCAGAAAAUUAUCAGCAGCACACAAGUUCACAUAAAGGCUGAGGCAGCCAGCAGUAACCAGCAGCAGUCAGUGAUCAGCAGCAGGUUGCCUGAUGGAAAACACACAGUGUCUCCAGAUCAGGUUUGUUCUGUCCUGUCAUCAGUCAUUGACGAACUGAAGAAGCGCCGUCAGUACCUGGACUUUGAACUGGACCCCACCUUGCAGGAAAGAAAGCAGGUCCGGUCUCCCCCACCUCCUGGUUUAUUGCAGCCGAGUAGGACAGGUGUUGACCUCCUCGAUGACCCAGUUGUGGGCAUCAUCAAAUCCCUGAACAGGUUCUGUGUGAUCCAGGAGGGUUCAGCAGGAGCAGUGGAGAGAGAGGAGACAGGAGGAACAUCUGUUGGUCAGAGUCCUGUCCAACGUCCUCAGCAGAGAAGUACUGAGUCUGUCAGUGCACUGAGGGGGGGCUGCAGGUCCAUCAGGACUGACAGAAGGUUCCAGAUUUUUGGACCCAAACCAGAAACAGAACAGAGCACACACGCCUUCAGCUCCACAGUGAACGCUGUUCUGUGGAAAGCCAACGAUGUCGCCCUGUGGGUUUCAGAGGACUUUUACCGGAGUGAGCGUCUCGGCAGGUUCCAGCUGGUUCCUGGCACUUUGAACCGAUGGGCUGAGAGCAUGCAGCAAAGGCUGCUGGGAUACCAGGAACAGGCUAGGAGGUUUCUGAGCACGAGCAGAGAAGACUUGGUGAACCAGCUGUCUGUGUUGGAGGACCUGCUGCAUGCGUUACCUUCAGUUUUGAUCAGUAACUAUGAGCAACAGAAGGGGGUGGAGCUUAGAGAGGAGGUGGGCGGAGUCCAAAAGAAGCUGGAGGAGACGCUGGCAGCCAGCGAGCAGGAGAAGACUGUGAAUGUCCGUCAGCUGCGAGCGUCUCUCAGAGAGGACGAGCUGCGGACUCUGAUCAGUAGAGAGGAGCUCAGACAGCAGCAGCUGCACAGCGCCAUCUGCUGCUCACACCUGGAGCUACAGCAGUGUGUGCGAGUCCGGGGGGAGGAGUUUGUGACAUCACUGGCCUCUCUGACAGAGAAGCUGCUCUAUCAGCUGGACGACCUGCUCACACCUGCAGAAACCGAGGCAACGUCCCAUCAGAACUCUGAAGACAGCACCGUUACCAUGGAGACAGGAGCGAAACCAGAACAGAAACCCUGCACAGGAAGCAGGACCUGGUCUGGUAUCUCGUACCUCUCACCGCCCACCAACAGCACUGCUGAUCCGUGGUCCUCUGUUACCAUAGCAACAACAGCAUCCAUUACCACAACCAGGUGCACCCUGGGACAUCUGGCUGUUAUAGAACAGAGAGACACUGCUGUGGAGCGGUUCAAACAGCUGUUCAGGUUGGAGUUGUUGCGUUCAGAAGACGACAAACGAAAACAACUGAGUGAACUACAGAGCUGGAACACACACUGGAGACAACAAAUACACACUCUGAAAAGACACACACCAACACUAACACACUGACGCACACACCGUAACACGUUCACACACGCUGACACAUGACGACUGCAGCUGAUUGGCUGUUUGCUGUGUACACUGUGAUGUCAUCCGCUAUACUGAUGUUUAU